CAAAUUUUAUUAAAGACAGGAUUCAAUUAUUUAAUAUUUUUAUGGAUAAAUACAAAAGGGAUUUAGAAGAAAGAGAAAAGUUAGAAAUUACUGUUACUUUGCCGGAUGGUAAAAAUAUUACUGGCUACUCAUGGAAGACAACGCCGCAAGAUAUAGCGAUCUCAAUUAGUAAAAGCUUAACGGCUAAAUGCUUAGUGGCCGAAGUUAAUGGAGAACUUUGGGAUUUAUGUCGUCCUUUAGAGGGGAGCUGCAAAAUUAAACUUUUAACUUGGGAGGAUGAAAAAGCAAAGCAAGUAUUUUUUCAUUCGUCAGCUCACGUUUUAGGUGAGGCUUUAGAACGCUGCACCGGCGGUUGUCUUUGUCACGGCCCUCCUUUGGAAGAAGGAUUUUUUUACGACAUAGAUAUUAACGGGCGUACAAUACAUAUGAGCGAUCUGUCUACUUUGGAAGAUGUGAGCUUGCGUAUUACUGCUGAAGAUCAGAAAUUUGAACGUCUCGAACUGGAAAUCGAUGUUUUACGCGAAAUGUUUAAGUAUAAUAAAUAUAAGCAGCACUUCUUAAAUAAAAUCGAGACACCUACUACCACUGUGUAUCGCUGUGGACCACUUAUUGAUCUUUGCCGUGGUCCUCACCUUCGGUCGACGAAGGAAAUUAAGGCCUUUCUCGUUAAUAAAACCUCCGCCGUAUUUUUCGGCGGCGAUCGCAUGGCGGAGUCACUUCAGCGUGUUUAUGGCGUUGCCUUUCCAGACACAAAACUUUUAAAGGAAUGGAAGGCCCGCCAGGAGAUGGCUGCUCGUGCAGACCACCAUAGAAUUGGCAAAGACCAGGAACUUUUUUUUUUCCAUCCCUGGAGCCCUGGGGCCGCCUUUUUUCUACCAUACGGCGCUCACAUCUUUAAUAAAUUAAUUAACCAUAUGAAGUCGCAGUAUCGUCUUCGUGGGUUUAAAGAAGUUAUUACGCCGAAUGUAUUCAAUACGGAGCUCUGGGUGCAGUCUGGUCACAUGAAGCACUAUGCCGACGAUAUGUUUUUACUCGAGAAGGAUCAAAGUCUAAAGGGCUGUGCGGCUAACAGCGAUUCAGCAAACUCUCCUCAGUUUGCUCUUAAACCAAUGAAUUGCCCGGGACACUUCUUGAUGUUCUUGCACCGGCCAAGAAGCCAUCGCGAGCUACCGCUUCGGUAUGCGGACUUCGGCGUAUUACACCGGAACGAGAAAUCAGGCGCAUUGCAGGGAUUGACACGUGUUCGGAGGUUCCAACAGGAUGAUGCCCACAUUUUUUGUUCCGAGGAGAAGCUGGAAGAAGAAAUAGAUGGGGCCAUCGACUUCCUUCACGACACUUACGCCAAGUUUGGUUUCAAAUUCUCAAUGGCACUUUCCACACGGCCAGAAAAAUUUUUGGGGGAAGUGAGCCUUUGGGAUUUAGCAGAAGCCCAAUUAAUGAAAUCUUUGGAGAAGUACGGAAGUUUUACAAUAAAAGAAGGAGACGGCGCCUUUUACGGGCCAAAGAUUGAUGUGCAAAUUCGUGAUGCACUAAAUCGACCCUUCCAGUGCGGAACCAUUCAGCUCGACUUUCAGGGGCCUCUUAAUUUUGAUCUGAAAUAUUCUACAAACGUUGAAGGGGAAAUGAAGAGGCCCGUAGUGAUCCAUCGUGCUAUUUUCGGUUCUCUCGAGCGCAUGUUUGCGAUUCUUUGCGAAAACUUUGUGGGGAAGUGGCCCAUGUGGCUUUCUCCCCGCCAGGUCAUUGUGAUCCCCGUCGGUCGAGGGUACAACGCAUAUGCGCAGCAAGUUCACCAGCAGUUGUUUGCUAGUGGACUUGAGGCAGAAGUGGACGUGAGUGGCGACCUUCUUAGUAAAAAAGUUGGCCGCAGUUCCUUUUAUAACUUUAUUCUUGUAGUUGGUCAAAAGGAAAUGGAUACGAACACCGUGAACGUUCGCGCUGGAAAAGUCAAUAUAGGUGUUAAAAGCGUGUCAGAUUUUAUUUCAAAUGCGAAGCAGUUAAUUGAUACUUUCAGUCUGGAAAACCAGUGGGUUUUUAAUAAUCCCCAAGAGGCUUUAUAGCCAACGUCUAUUGUUCAUUUCGUCUAUUUUGAUG